AUGGAACCACAGCAAGAAUCUUCAAUGACUGGAGGUGAGGAUGAACCUCUUUUGGAAGCGACUUCUCCUGCUUGGAGUCCACCGAGGGGGUUCUUCUGGAUUCAACUGGCUAUAAUGUCCAAUGUGUUUCUGUCCGGAUUUGAUGGAACAAUCACUGCAUCGACAUACGCAGUCAUAAGCUCUGAAUUCAACGCUGCAAACACUGCGUCGUGGUUAACCACUUCUUACCUCAUUACGAGCACCGCCUUCCAACCUCUCUAUGGUCGCUUCUCAGAUCUACUGGGCCGUCGCAGCUGCUUUUUCACUGCGACAAUCACAUUCUUCACUGGUUGUUUGGGAUGUGCAUUGGCAAGAGAUGUAGUCUUUCUAAACACCAUGCGUGCCCUGACCGGCAUGGGAGGCGGUGGGUUGAUGACAAUGGCUACGAUUAUCAACUCCGACAUUAUCCCUUUCCGCAAUCGUGGAAUGUACCAAGCUGUUCAAAAUGCUGCAUACGGGUUUGGAGCUAUCUGCGGUGCUUCCUUCGGAGGUGCCAUUGUCGACACAAUCGGUUGGCGUUGGUGCUUUCUGGUCCAAGUCCCUGUUUCUCUGACCGUGCUCGUCUUGGGACACUUUGUUCUCAAAUUUCCUGCUAAGAGUAACAUUCCGGUACCCGGUCAGCCGGGCCUCUGGCACCAGAUCGAUUUUCUUGGAUCUUUGCUUCUUGUCCUGGCCCUUUCAACUCAACUUGCUGGACUAAGCUUUGGCGGAAAUGAGCUUCCUUGGACAAGUGCCUGGGUGAUUCUACCUUUGGUAGCUAGUGUUGCCUUCCUCGCUGCGUUCGUUGCUGUUGAGGCGAAGACUAAAGCUGUCCCGCUUAUCCCGCUGAAAAUGCUCCGUGGACUUCAUCCGGUCUCUACUCAGAUCGCCAAUGUCUGCGUGGGGAUGUCUGCCUACGCUUUCCUCUUCACCCUGCCGCUCCUCUUCCAGGUCAUCCUGUUGGAUAGUCCUACCAAAGCCGGUGCUCGUUUGGUCAUCCCAUCUCUAAUGACACCGGUAGGCGGGGUAAUCGCAGGCAUAGUCAUGUCACGCUGGGGAAAAUUAGCCCUUUUAGUGCGCAUCGGAGCCGGCUUGAUGUUUAUCGGUAACCUCCUCGUGACUUUCCUCCACUUCAACGACUCAAACUGGAAGUACUUCGCAUACAUCAUACCUGCCAAUCUAGGACAAGGCAUCGUGUACCCAGGAAUUCUAUUCACCUUCCUCUCUGCAUUCGACCACGACGACCACGCCGUCUCAGCCUCAACAGUCUACCUAAUCCGUUCCCUCGGAACGGUGUGGGGCGUCGCCAUAACGUCCGCAAUAAUCCAAAAUACACUGAGCUCAGGCCUCGCAGAGGCCUUGAGUGGAGUACCAGACAAAUGGAAAUUAAUCAACGAAAUCCGCCAUUCAAUCUCCGCGAUCCACGACCUACCACCCGACAUCCAGAUGGCCGUCCGACUAGUCUACUAUCGGGGAAUCCGGUUGUCCUUCGGGGCAUCAGCCGCAUUUGGAUUCAUCGCUACAGUCGCCGCUUGCUUUACCCGCGGAAAGGGGUUGGAACGAGGUAGUGGAGCUUAG